UCUCCAUCUCCACCACCGCGUCUUGUCGCACGCCACCGCACCUAUCCCCUUCGACCCACCGUUCCCCACCCACAAUGUCGCAAUCUCCUCCCCCAGAGAAUGAGAACAAAGAUGUCAAGCCUAAGCUCAACCUGACGAUCUCCUACGAAAAUACACCCGUGACAGUGAAGGUGAAAGCAAACAUGAAGUUCGAGAAGAUCUUCCACGUCGUUGAACAAAAGUUCAACAAACAAGCGGGAACCUUCAAAUUUACAUACGACGGUACUCGCGUCAAGCCAGAUGAUACACCCGCAGGGCUUGGUAUGGAGGACGGCGAUCAGAUAGACGCGUUUUUGGAACAGCUUGGUGGCGGUUUGCCAUGUUCAAGAUAGCCCAACCGACAUCGCCCUAUUUAUUCGCCUCGACUCCAGCUCCUCUAUCCUACAUCUUGUUGUAUUGGUCCCCGGCUUGUAUCCAACGGCUCUUGAAUGGGAAGGUCCCCUACUUGUAAACCACUGUCCGAUCUCGUCUCGGCGCG